AUGAUCCAAACCCGAAAAGCCAUCAAAGAAACCGCCCCUGGAAAAGCAGAGCUCCAAGAUAAUGUUCCUCUCCCUCGAGUCCGGGAUGACUACAUCAUCGCUGAGACAAAGGCAUUUGCACUGAAUGCCGCUGAUUACCACCAUAUUGACCUUCUUGAUACUGCCGGACCUGUCAUCGGGUGCGACUGGUCUGGUGUUGUCAAGGAUGUUGGGAAAGAUGUUACGCGAUUUAAACCUGGCGAUGAGGUGUACGGUGUCUGCCAUGGAGGCAAUGCGCUCGAACCCGAAGACGGGGCAUUUGCCGAAAUCAUCACCAGCAAAGAACACACCACCAUGCACAAACCAAAUCAUCUCAGCUUUGAAGAAGCUGCCUCUCUUGGGGCUGGACUGAUUACCGUCGUCCAGGUGUUGUACUCGGUGAUGAAACUGCCAUUACCUUCUCUUCAUGGUACAUCCGGCCCGACUGUGCUGGUUUAUGGUGGAAGUUCCGCCACAGGGACAAUUGCCAUCCAAGCUGCUAAACUCUCCGGCUGCCGUGUCUACGCAACCUGUUCUACGAAUAACCUCGACCUGGUCAAAUCCCGCGGUGCAGAUGCUGUAUUCGACUAUACCAAACCAGGCUGCAUCACUCAGCUCCUACAAGCAGACGCGUCCAUUACGCAUAUAAUCGACUGCAUCGGAGAUGAAAAUGCAGUCCACUUUUGCAGUAAAGCACUCUCCCCUUCUGGUGGACAUUAUCACUCCGUCAAAGCGCCGUUUCCGGAGACGUUCAAAGCACUCAGACCGGAGGAUGGUGUUAUUGGUACAACAGCUGUGGCGUAUGCAAUGCUGGGAGAGACGUUCAAGUUUGUGGAUGGGACGAUAUUUCCGGCUGAUGAGGAGUUGGGAGAGUUUGCGAAGAAGGGUAUGCUUAUUUUGGAAGAUUUAGUCAUGGACGGGAAGAUACAAACUCACCCGGUUGAUGUGCGUGAGGGAGGGCUAGAGGGGAUCCUGGAUGGACUAGAUGAGUUGAAGAAUGUGGGUGUGAGAGGAAAGAAGAUUGUAUAUAGAGUAUAG